CUGAAAUGGCCCAAAAAGUAUUCGUUCGAAGCCGAAACUCUAUCACUGACGUCAGGUUUGGUGCAGGAUGUUACCUACUGGCGAGUAAGCAAAAAAUCAAGGGUAGAUUUUAACAAAGGUGCCGUAAAACGGAUAACAAUUAAGGGCAGAAGGAAGUCAGAAUUUCCUUUCGGUGUAAAAUAUGAGAUUCAUCCUGAAAGUAAUGAAGAAUACGAGAACAAAUUCAUCUGCACGGGAAUGAAAGGAAACAUCUUCAGACAAGCCAAACUGGAUAAGGUUUUGCCAGAUGUUGACGAUUUUGUCCAUAUUGGGAAGGAGAAACUUGAAUUGGGUGAGGUCGAAAAGUUUACAUUUUUUGAAGACAAAGAUUAUAUUAACUCUCAAACAAGGCAGAAUUUAUGGGUAUUACAAAAUGACUCAACAUUUAUACCCGUUAGAUAUGAAAAGAUAAUAUAUAAUACUUGGAUUAAAAAUGUGAAAGAUCACACAAUUUGGAACAUCUUCAACUUCAAAACCGAUUUUAGCGAAGACGUCUUUGACAUAGAUGAAUAUGAUUGCAAAAUUGAUUCGGACGAAGAUAAUAAUGAAAACGAAGUGGAUGACAGUGAUGAAAGCGCAAACUUGGAUUCGGAUCACGUAUUCGCAGAAAAGAUCGAGGAGCAUAAUAAAAAUAAUAAAAACUUCGAGCUAGCGAUAAAUAAGUUUGCUGAUCUUACCCACAAAGAAAUGGAAAAACGGAAGGGUCUCAAACGACGAGGCAAAUCAUCAGGCGCAAUUCCAUUUCCGUAUACCGAAUCAAAGAUCGCUGAAAUGUCUGAUUCACUACCCAAAGAAUAUGACGCGAGGAUGUACGGGCUAGUAACACCGGUUAAGGAUCAACAGGAUUGUGGAUCUUGUUGGACUUUUGGAACAACUAGCGCGGUGGAGGGAGCUCUGGCAAGAAUAAAUGGUGGAAGACUUAUGAGACUUGCUAAUCAAGCUCUUAUAGACUGUGCCUGGGGGUACGAAAAUUUAGGCUGUAACGGGGGUACAGAUACGGGAGCGUAUCAUUGGAUGAUGAAUUAUGGUAUGCCCACUGAAGAGGAGUAUGGUCCAUAUGUGAACAAAGACGGUUUCUGUAAAAUACACAAUAUGACUCAAAUCUACAAGAUAAAAGGAUUUACUAACGUCACACCCUUCAGCGUUGAAGCUCUUAAGGUGGCUUUGGUGAACCACGGUCCGUUGUCAGUGUCCAUUGACGCAACAGAAAUGCUCACUUUAUACAACGGCGGUAUCUACUCUGACAGUGAUUGCAGUACUACAAAUUUAAACCACGAAGUAACUCUCGUCGGCUAUGGUGAAUUGGAUGGUGAAGAGUAUUGGAUAGUGAAGAACUCUUGGGGCCGGGAUUGGGGUGUUGACGGCUAUUUCCAUAUCACAACCCGGGAUAACAGCUGCGGGAUCACAACUGAACCUACUUAUGUAGUUUUCUAA